CAGAACUCCGAGUGCCGCUUGAAAGCCAGUUGCCUGGAUGCCAGGCUGAAUAAUCAUCGCGCAGACUUGUCGGAUACACAUAGUUGGCACAAUCUUCAGCCGUGCAGCAGUCUGUGGGUGCUCCCGGCGUGUUCCAAGGAGUUCGCGCUACACGGGAGAUGCCUGGUGUUGUCUCUUAACACAUCUUACCUAUCUGAAGACAUCUCGAACUGACAAGAGGGAGGAAGCGGCAAUGUCGCUGGCUUUGAGGCCUGCCCCACGCGUGGGUCUGGUCUUCAGGAGCCAGUCGUUCGCAGGCUUCAGCUCGACACGAGACAAGACACCCUGGCCACGCUCGCCGUACGGCAGCACGCCUGUGCAGGCGCGCCGAUCGCCGACCCGGAGCGUCAAGGGGUCAUCCGCGUCGGGCAAGCCACCCGGAGGGGCCCUGCGAACACCACGGCCACAGCAAGCUGAGCACAUCUACGUGUCACUGAGAAGAGGGCUCGGUCAACUCCUGAAAGCUCAUCACGAUGAACUGGAAAGUCUGGUGGCCCAGCAGAAAGGAACCAAAAGAGACUCCAGAAUGGCGUUUUUCUAUGAACUGGACAAGCAACUCCGAGCGACCCAGCGCUAUCUCAGGCACCUCGAGUUCCACAUAAGCAAGAUAGAGGAAUUGUACGAGAGCUACUGCAUCCAGGGCCGGCUCAGGGAUGGCGCGCGUAAGAUGAUGGCAGCGUACCAGGCGUCGCGGAGCAGCCGUCUGGCGCGUGCCGCUCUGCUGGCAGUGGCGCGAGAGCACCGCGACUACACCGAGAGUCUAUGCAUGUUGGAAAAUGAGCUGGAGAAGCUCCUGGGAGAGUUUCACAUUCAGAUGAAAGGUUUAGCAGGUUUUGCGCGGCUGUGUCCAGGAGAUCAGUAUGAGGUGGUGGUGCGGUACGGGCGGCAGCGCUGGAAGAUGCGCGGGCGCAUUGAUUCGGCAGACGAGCAGCGGUGGGACAGCACGGAGGCCGUGCUGUCGGCCCUCCUCGCUGAACCCCUCUACGUGCGGGUGACGGAGCUGAGAGGCCUGGCAAGCCACACGCUUGUGGGCAGCGUUGCCUGCGAGACGGGAAGCUUGUUUGCUGCAGGCACCCGCAUCGUAGCGCUGGACAUAAACUCACUGGGAACCAUAAAACUCCAUCUGGAGGUGACCUGGAAUCCAUUCGACAAGGACGAGGCGGCGAUGACCCCGCUGACGGUGGGGAAGCUGUCUGCCAAUGCGCGCCGGCGAGCGCCGUGCUAUGGACAGAGCCCCCCUGCCACUCCCUCGCUCCACCAGGCGGUUUUGUGCAGAACGGAGCUUCAGCCCGCUUUGUCCUCCGCCUCUUGCAUUUACCACCGAGUAAAUGGGCAAGCUCGCCGGCCUCGGAUACCAAACUACCAAUCUCCAAUGCCGGACGACUCCUCCCAGCCUUCCACUGAUCAUGUGGGAGAACCAGACAAGAACUUGAGAUCAUUGCCACAUACCGCUUCGAACAAGGUAUCGUCUACUGAGGCCCUUGCGGGGGAUUCAUCUUCGUCAUCGGAGGAAGAGAAAGACAUCGUGGUGGCCCUUCGCAGCCACAAUCGGCCAUCUGUCCACCACGGCGUUUGGCCCAACAGCCGGGCACUGAGCCUCAUCAGCGAGUGCAGCGUGGACUCAUUCACAGACACUGGAGCCACCGACGAGCUGCUAGUGAAGCUGUGCAGCAUUGCAGACACGGUCACGCUGGAGAUGACGGAGCAAACGGUGCGUCCUCCGGGCGACGCUCUCACGGAGGCCCGGCGUUCACAGUAUGAAGAGAUUUCAACGAACUUUAUCGCACCAGAGCUUGAAGGCAACUCAGUGCAACCUCUUUUGUGGAGCGGCGGCAUCGACGCCAUUGCUGAAUGUGCUGGCAAAGCUGGAGUAGCAAGGUCAGCAGGCUAUAACGUGGAAUCAGAAAGAACACACAUCGAAGAAGACCCACUUCUAGAGAAUAUGGGCCGUGUCACUAUGUCAGAGACAAGUCAGAGCAAGCGAUGGCACUUACGCACCUCCGGCCUUACACCUGAGAUUCCACAUUCUGACCUAAUGUCAAACGUGUUGCAUAUACAUUCGACAGAGUCAACUCCUACCAACAGUUUGUCACGGACUUCUGUGGGCAAUUCCAUCCGCCCGAUGAAAUUAAACUCCGCAAUGGCUGACUUGGGCCUUGCCACAAAGGCGGUAACUAAGCCUAGCCACUUGGCUGAAUCUCAGAGAGGAGGACCUCUACACGGUGUGGAAAAGCACCAUGGCGAGUCCUGCAGUCUGGACGUAGCGUGGAUGAACCUCCGCACUGCCCUCAAUACCUGCAGAGGGAAAUUCAGCGCACUGGACGAAUUGGAGCAAGAGGUGACGCACUUGGGCCGCCUCUUACAGGCUCCGAGCACGCCUGCCGAGCCCGAGAGCAGAGGAGGCUCCAGCCUGACGUUGGAGCAGGUCCUGGAGAGCUUCAGCUUCCUGAACGCCUGGGAGCAGGACGACAUCUGCAUGGAUACGCAGCCUCAGCCAGGGUGUGGCAGUAAUAAAGUUAAAGAUACAGGAAAUCUCGACUCGGUUCCGUUAACAACUGGAAACAAGAUUCUGGAUGGUUCCCUCGCACAAUAUCUUUGUCAUUGCACAAAUCUUCUGCAGCAAGGGGGUUCGCUCGGGCCACUGCACUGUGAUGACAGUCGCACGCUGACUCGGCUGAGGGAGCAAGUUGGCGUGCUGCGCCAGGUGUCUCAGGUGAUGUGCGAGAGCCCUGGGUGCAUAGCCCAGUUAUCGCUGAUGUACGGAGGGCCGGACGUCACCGUGGAUCCGUGUGGCAUCGACAUUCAGAAGCUCUUGGCAGAGCUGUGUUCAAAGCUGGACUCUAACAUCCAUCAAGUGCUACGGCCAGAUGCCGGAGACUGCAUACAAGCGGAGCGGGGUGGGGAGGCGAGGUGGAACCAGAUGGACUUGACGGAACUCCGGACAGUAUUGUAGUGCCACUAGAGUGUCAAUGCCCACGCAGCGUUGCCACGGUCCAGUUGCCAUCCUGAACUGUGCCAGCAAUCCACACCCCCGUGGACACAACACGUCAGAUGAAACGCCCUGCUGGUUGUCUAAAAUGCCGCAAUCUAUUUCCCCAGUAAAGUUAUUGUAAGUGUAUUGCUGUUCUGUCACCCUUUCCAUUGCAUAUCUCAGAAUAAGCGGUAAACUUGUGUCAAUAAUUUAGCUUGGCUUGGGUAGUUAUUUGCUAAACUUACUCAAACCAAACUUUAAUAUGAAUCUCAUGCUUUCUAAAUAUGCACUGUGUACAAAUUAGUGUACUUCAGUUGAAUAAUGUGCAACAUAAGCGUUAUCAGUGGCAUAUGAUUUGUUUAGUAUAUUAAACGCUUGGAAAAACAUUUAACAAUAAUUUAUACCAUGUUUCUAAAGACAUUGGAGAUAAGAGUAGAAUCGCAUGUUAACCAUGACUUUACUACAGCUGCUAUUUAUGCAAUGUCUGUGCUCUUAAAAAACAUAUGACAAAACAUUAAAAAUAUAUUUAUUUGCUUAAAAAUAUGCCUUUAAAUUCUGUUACACAAGAUCCAAUGUGUAUACCAUGUCUUAAAAAUAAAACAGCUAUCUAAUAUGUAUUCAAGGAAUGUAAGAUAAUGGUUUUGAUUUCUAACAUCUGUCAAAACGUAUAAAAUAUAUGUUGGAUUUGAGAUUGGACCAGUUUAAUUAAAUCUCCAUGAAAACGAAUUAAUCGAGAGUCGGGUGCUUGUUAACACCUGAUUAUGCUGGAUGUAUCCUCCAGCGAAACGUCAGGGAAAUAUUGCCAGUUUUGCUUGCUUUUCAAUAUUCCGGUUUGCUGAUAAACUAAAUCAGUUGGCAUAUUUGCCCCUAUGGCGUGAUUAAAUUGGCUCUCUCGUGUAAUGGUUAUAGUUUAAACUUACACUAUAUCUACACUAACUCAAAAUAAACUAAUUAUAAAUAAUCAUAAUAUUGGUCGGGAAAGCCUACGCAUGAACUCAAAAUCAAUUUUUGUAUUUAAUUAUUGUUUUUGUUUUAUACUUAAUAAUUCGCAGUCUGCUACUCAUAGUAAAGCACCUUUAUAUAUUAUUAUUCAAGCUUAUAUGGUUGGAAAUUCGUGGUCAAUUUACCCGCUGUGACUGGAGCAGUCAACUAACACUGGAUAGUGCCAGUUUCUUUUAUGUUCAGUCCCUGUUUAAGCUUCUUCAAAGCAGGUGUGGGUUUACAUCUUCGCUUCUGGGGGUCCCAUUGGCUCACAGGUCACCGUCUCUAAAUAGCUGCACUAAAAAUACUGAGCGGGUGGAGCUGCGAAUGUAUUUAUUCUUCAUGAAAAUCAUACUGUACAUAUCUGUUGAGUACUACUUGAAUAAUUGCAUCAAAAACUACUUAAUCAGUGGAUGACGUACGUCCAUAGCUAAAUACGGUGCAGGAUUUUUUACUUCGUAGGUUUUUGCCGUUUUCCUGUAUUGUGCAGCUCUUCUUCGAUGUGUUGUCGGGUUGCACCGCGUUUUGUUCGACAUGUUAGAUGUUUGGCUCGGAGAGCUAUGCAGCGAAUUGUGUCGUGAAUACUGGAUAUCCCAUGAUCGAGAUAAAAAAGUAGGACAAAAAUAAACUACCAAGGUUUUAUAUAUUGUCCUCCAUUAGACGUCAGUUCGAGGCCUCAUCAGCCCUGGCACGCGGUCUUUUCUGCCAUCUUUCGUCUUGACAAACACCCCUUUGUCUCUUUUUGGACAAACAGCUACCACAACAAUUGCUUCCUUGUGACAUGAGUAAGGCUGCGUGGUCUUGGCAGGCCAGAAUUAAUUUGCCUCUGGGUAUUGUAUGCAAACUUGAGUUAAUUGCGUUGCACGUGGAGUGCAUAUAACAAGCUCCAUAUUAAUUAGUGAACAUCUCUCUUGGGGACUUGCACUGCUCAAAAUAUAUUUGUUUAGGACAAAUAAUAUCAUCGCAGAAUUGAUUUGUGGAUAAUGUAUUGGACCACGUGAAAGCACGUGAACAUUCCUCAAGUAAAGCAAAGACCUGUGAUUUUGAAUGACACAUUAUCUUUACGUUAUAUAAUUGUUUAAAUAACAAAAAACUGAAGAAUGGCUUGAUUGAAGAGGUGGCAGCAGAUGUAAGCUCAAUUGGCUGAUGGAGUUAAAUUCUCUCAAUUCAAAUUAAUUCGAGUACAAAUAUGUUACCGCACAUUGUCAGGGCAAAUAUAUAAUUACCUCACUACAUUUAACGUUGUGAAAUAAAUGACAAACACGUGUCAACUUAAAACAAGCAACUGACAAUAAACGCCGUGAAUCGGGCCAUUGUGACGUCAGGCGCCGCCAUCUUGGUGGCCAAUCGCCCGUGACUACCAAAAUGGAGCUGCAACACGCGCAUUCGUUUAUUCGCGUCUGACGAUAUUAGACAUAGCUAACAAUAUAAAGUUCAAUAUGAUGGUUGAGAUCGGUUGUAAACGCGUAUCGCGAUCGCACCCGCGCUUAUGCUGCCCCCUGUCGCAUUGAAUUCUCAGAAUUUGCUUCGGCUUCGUCGUGACAACCACAGUGGAGGCCUUUGUUGCGCGACUCGCGCGCAGUGGUGUCGCCGUGUCAACACGAGGGUUGACACCCUCGAGGGUGUCUUGCUGUGGUUGUCCCACCUGAUGACGGACGCUUGUGUUGCGCCCGAAACGUCGUGGCUUAAUUUAUUUUAUACCUACGUGACUUUACCGAAAGAACCAAAGAGUAUCUUAACACCUGUUUUAUUGCCAGAAAGGGUAAAAUACAUAAUAGGCGACGUAUCGGGCAAUGGCCCUUCGCAACACGAUUUAUUAAAUUCCAUUCUGGGCAAAAGCAACGAUGUACAUAUGCUGCACACAGUUAUACUGUACUAGCUAUGGUGCCUCGGUGGAUGUCCGAUGCGUAAUUUUGUUGCCACCCGCCUCUCUAUAAUAAAUAUAAUCUAGCUCUGCUUGUCCAAACUCUU